UAUGCUCUAGGGCACGGAUGAGGAGGACAUUCCCCACAGCCCUAGGAGGAGGUAGAGCGUCCCCGCCGCGGCCCAUCGCCAGGGCUCCCCAUUUCCAGCGUUCAUGCCACCGCCAGCAGCAGGAAUGCUGCACCAUGGAGGCGGCGGAGAUUGCGAGUGUGAUCAAGUAUCACGAGGCGACCAAGCAUUCUCUAACAAGGUAUGCUCGCGGCCCGCGUGGCCUGGAUUGGAUCAACCAGCCCGAUCCAUUUAGGCGCUACCAGGGAGCUCAAUUGGCGCCCCUGGAUCAUCUCCCGCCGGACGAACAAGCAAAAGAGGACGCUCCUCUUUCGUAUCCCAGUGUCUUCAAGCUCGCGGUUGCUCCAAGGCCUGUUACCAAGCGGACGCUCUCGCAACUGCUUUACGAUUCUCUGGCGCUCUCCGCGUGGAAAUCAGCAGGGGGAUCGACAUGGUCGCUCCGUGUGAAUCCCAGCAGUGGAAAUCUCCACCCCACCGAAGGAUAUGUUAUCAGUGGUCCGGUUACUGGCGUGUGUGACUCGCCAUUCAUUGCUCACUACGCGCCCAAGGAGCACGCAUUGGAGAUUCGAGCACAGAUGCCUCCGUCAACUUGGAAGGAGCUCUCCAUGGAUUUCCCGCCGGGUUCUUUUUUCGUCGGCCUGUCCUCCAUCUUCUGGAGAGAAGCUUGGAAGUAUGGGGAGAGAGCAUUCAGGUACUGCAACCACGACGUCGGGCAUGCUAUAGGAGCCGUGGCCAUUGCGGCGGCAACACUUGGCUGGAAGACGAAGCUUGUCGACUCGUGGAGUUCCAGCGACUUGCGACUUUUGUUGGGAUUGCCUCGAGAUGACGCGUCGGCCUCGGACAGCAGUGAUGUUGCCAAAGGACACUUUCCGGAGCUAGAGAACGAGCAUGGAGACUGCGUCAUGCUUUUGUUUCCGAGCGACAAGGCAGUUCCCUCCAACUGGUCUCCGUCUACAGAGCUCGUCUGUCAGCUUUCCAAACUGGCUUGGAAUGGCAAGCCCAACUCGCUGAGCCGAGAACACGUUCGCUGGGAAAUCAUUUAUCGGGCAGCACAGGCAGCCAAGAAGCCAGCGCUCGCAGAGUCGUCGUCAACUGGCUUCAUGGAGGCGAGCCGCGAGCAGACAAGCCGAGAAACUUGCUUUCGACAGUUUGCUUCGUCAUACGGCCGGGCUACUAUCCGUCAUGUUGUCCGGACACGCAGGAGUGCAGUCAGCAUGGAUGGUCAAUACGGCAUGCACAGAGACGCUUUCUACCAGAUUUUACUCAAAACAAUGCCCUGUCUAGGGACGCAUAAGCAGCUACCAUUCUCAUCGCUUCCCUGGGAAGCAGAGGUGAGCAUGGCGUUGUUUGUUCACAGAGUUGCCGAGAUGAAGCAGGGCCUUUACUUACUCAUCAGAAAUCCUUUGCACGAAGAAGAUUAUAGAGCGGACUUGAGGCAAGAUUUUGUGUGGGAAAAACCAGCAGGAUGCCCGUCAGAGCUUCCACUUUAUCUUCUUGCGAGAGGAGACUGUCGGAGCAUUGCCGAGCGACUGUCUUGCCACCAGGAUAUUGCGGGCGAUGGAUGCUUCAGCCUCGGAAUGGUGGCAAGAUUUGAGGAUUCUCUCAAAGAGCAUGGUGCUUGGAUGUAUCCGCGGCUCUUUUGGGAAGCUGGCUUGCUUGGUCAGUUGCUCUAUCUUGAAGCACACGCAGUUGGCAUAUCCGCGACUGGUAUUGGAUGCUACUUCGAUGAUUCUGUGCAUCAAGUACUCGGCAUCAAGGACAGAAAAUUCCAGAGUCUCUACCAUUUUACGAUUGGAGUGCCCGUUUUGGAUACGCGCAUUUCGAGCCUGCCUGCAUACCCAUCCACGAAAUCGAAGACGAACUAGCGGAUAGAGUCAAUAGGUAUAUAUAAAAGCUCAUUCAUCAUAAACGUGAUAUCCGGACUUGUGUGGUCAGCUA